CCUGCUCCAGUCGAAGAACACCCUUGCGCGGUUGCCAAUGGCUCGUGCGCUGCGUCAAACUGCGCUUCCGCAGACCGCUGUGGGCAAGCUCAUGGCAUCGCGCACCUUCAACUCCUCAGCACGCCUGGCUGCGGGGGUGUCUUCGGGUGACAGCUUUAUCUUAAAGACAUACGCUCGGCCUGAGCUGACUCUGUCGCACGGCAAGGGCAGCUACGUGUACGACACAGCAGGCAAGGAGUAUCUGGACUUCACGGCCGGGAUUGCUGUGGUGGCGUUGGGCCACAGCCACCCAGAUGUAUCGGCAGCAAUUGCCGACCAGGCGACGAAGCUCAUCCACUGCUCGAACCUGUACCAUAAUGAGUGGGCGCCGCAGCUUGCGCAGACGCUGAUAACCGCAACUGAAGCGUCGUUCUCGUCGGCCACCGCCGGCCUGUACGCCAAGGGAGCCGAUGGCAAGAUCGGUGCACGUGUGUUUUUCUCAAACUCUGGUACAGAGGCGAACGAGGGCGCCCUGAAGUUUGCGCGAAAGUAUGGCAAGCACGUGGCCACUGCCGGCACGCUGGGCAAGACUGCGUCGGAAGCGCUGCGUGGCGAUCCGAAUCUGAAGAGCAACAUUGUGUCGUUUACCGGCGGCUUCCACGGCCGCUCCAUGGGUGCGCUCAGCGUCACGGCCAAUCCAAAGUACCAGAAGCCGUUCACGCCGCUGAUUCCUGGCACACAGACCGCAAAGUACAACCGCUCCGAUGAGCUUGCUGCCUUCAUUGACGAGCGCACGUGCGGUGUCAUCGUCGAGCCCUUCCUGCGUGCGAUCCGUCGCCGCUGCGAUCAAGUUGGUGCGGUGCUCAUCUACGACGAGAUCCAGUGUGGGCUGGGCCGCACGGGCUCGCUGUGGGCCCACCACCAGUAUCCGGAGGACUGUGUGCCGGAUAUUGUGACCAUGGCCAAGCCGCUGGCGAAUGGCGUGCCGAUCGGCGCUAUCAUGGUCAGUCAGAAGAUUGCCGAUGUGAUGAGUGUCGGUGACCAUGGAACGACAUUUGGCGGCAACCCGCUGGCGUGCCGUGUGGGCUGCACUGUGCUCGGCCAUAUCGCCAAGCCGGCGUUCCUGGAGCGUGUCAAGGAGGCCGGAAAGGUGCUCGAAUCGGAGCUCGAGCCAGUGCUGAAGCCGUAUCUGGGCGGCCUGGUGGUGGAGCAGCGCGGCAUGGGUCUGCUCCGUGGGAUCCAGUUCGCCAGCGAUCCGACGCCGAUUGUCAACUUGGCGCUGCAGCGCGGGCUGCUGCUGGUGGCCGCUGCUGGCAACACUAUCCGCCUGGUUCCGCCCCUCACCGUUGAGAACGCCGACCUAAAGAAGGCCGCGACAAUCAUUGGGGAGUGUAUUGCUGAGACAUCCAAGAAGUGAUCGGCGAGCCUGAAAAUUUUUUCAGGCCAUGGUUGCCAUAAAGGUGGCCCUGGGCUACGAUGCUCUAUAGACAGGUCCUGAUGGUCCCGCCCCUCCGAUGGGGACCGCGUGGUUUGAAAAUCUUCUUUCGCUUUUUGUCUUUCAUACUCCGUUCUUACAAGCGCACGCAAUUCUUUUGGUUACUCUUCGAUCAUUGAAACUCCGCUUUUAAACAUGGUGAAGCUCAAUCUGCAGUUCCAGGCUGAACUGACCAAUGUAACCAACGUCGUGCCAGCUGAUGCCGACUAUGCGUGGAACUUCAAGGUCAAGUGCAACUCGUGCCACGAAGUAACACCCAACUUUAUCACCAUCAGC